CGGUGACUGUCGCUGGGCUUGCAGCGACAGACCUCCCGGCUCGCUGGAGCUCGCCAGCUGCUCGCCAGCCCGCGGGAGGGAGGAGAGAAUUCGAACGCUUCCGCGGUUGGCUACUCAGCGUCCUGGUCUCGAGUUGCCCCAUUGCGGUUGGCAUUCCUAACACACACACACAUAGUUUCUUUCUAAUACCUCCAAAGAAACAGAAUCAUCUUCAAGCUGGCGGGAGCAAUGGUUCAUAUAACGAAAGGCGAGCUGACCCAGGAAGAAAAGGAGCUGCUAGAAGUCAUCGGGAAAGGUACUGUCCAAGAAGCCGGAACACUAUUAGCCAGCAAGAAUGUCCAUGUCAACUGUUUGGAUGAGAAUGGAAUGACUCCUCUAAUGCAUGCGGCCUAUAAAGGAAAACUUGAUAUGUGCAAAUUACUUUUACGACAUGGAGCUGAUGUAAAUUGUCAUCAACACGAGCAUGGGUACACAGCCCUCAUGUUUGCUGCACUUUCUGGUAACAAAGACAUCACAUGGGUAAUGUUGGAGGCCGGUGCCGAGACAGAUGUUGUCAACUCUGUAGGAAGAACAGCAGCUCAGAUGGCAGCCUUUGUGGGUCAACAUGAUUGUGUGACUAUCAUCAACAAUUUCUUUCCUCGUGAGAGACUGGAUUAUUACACUAAACCCCAGGGGCUGGAUAAAGAGCCAAAACUGCCUCCAAAGUUGGCAGGCCCACUGCACAAAAUUAUUACCACAACCAAUCUUCAUCCUGUCAAGAUCGUGAUGCUUGUAAAUGAGAAUCCUCUGCUGGCAGAAGAAGCAGCUCUGAAUAAAUGCUACAAGGUGAUGGAUUUGAUCUGUGAGAAAUGUAUGAAGCAAAGAGACAUGAAUGAAGUAUUGGCUAUGAAAAUGCAUUACAUCAGCUGUAUCUUUCAGAAAUGCAUUAACUUCUUAAAAGAUGGAGAGAAUAAACUGGACACUCUGGUCAAAAGCUUGUUAAAAGGCCGAGCUUCAGAUGGCUUUCCAGUAUAUCAAGAAAAGAUCAUAAGAGAAAGUAUCAGAAAAUUUCCUUACUGUGAAGCCACACUCCUCCAGCAGCUGGUGCGAAGCAUUGCUCCUGUUGAAAUUGGUUCUGAUCCCACUGCAUUCUCUGUACUUACCCAAGCCAUCACGGGUCAGGUGGGUUUUGUGGAUGUGGAAUUUUGCACUACCUGUGGAGAAAAGGGAGCAAGUAAAAGAUGUUCUGUCUGCAAGAUGGUUAUAUAUUGUGAUCAAACCUGCCAGAAAACACACUGGUUUGCACAUAAGAAAAUCUGUAAGGAUCUAAAGGACGUUUAUGAAAAACAACAAUCGGAAGCUGCCAAAGAAAAGAGUGAAGAGGAAAACAAUGGCGGACUUGAUGUCAGUUCUAACUGUGUUCGUGCAGAGCAGCUCGAGGCUGAAGCGGGGGUCUCCCAAGAGGAUUGUCAGCCGAAGGAGUCUGUGGAGGCGGAGAAAGACUGUCCUCAGAGUGGAGGCGGGUUGGAAGGUUUACCGGAUGCUCCUGCAGGUCCGCAGGAAUCUGAGGAGUGAAAGGCAGAGUAGGUGCCGGUGUGGACGGUUCGUGCCCUGGCAGGUAGCCAGAGAGCUCACGUGACUGUGUCCUCAUGCCUUGUGACCCCUGCAUGGCACCGUGGCAGGAUUCCAUGUCUCCUAGAAUAGAGGCCUUCAGGCAAAGCUCUGUCUACCAUGCCCUGAGUUCCCAGUGAUUUCUGUACGUAGUUGGACAGAUAGUCCAAGGGAGAAAUUUGUAUUUCAAAGUAUCGCAGAAACAUUUUUAUUCCCUUUCUGAGGCCAGCUUCCCAGCAGUUGUUCUCAAAGCAAAAGAGAUCCCCUUCAAGAAGAAAUAUAGGCUCUGGGGAACAGAGGGGCAAGCAGAACAGGUGUAGGAGAGAGAUUUUCAGGAAAGAAGAAUUUUCUAGCCACUGAGAUGGGUAGUUAAACGAAUCGUAGCUUAUAUGUGAAUAAGAUGCAUAUAAAUAGCAUUUAGAAUAGUGAAGUCCUACUUACUUAGAUGCAGUGAAAUGAAGCAAAGUUGUAUGUUACAGGCUCUGUCACAGUUCGCUCAUUGUAGUUUUUAUAUAGAAAUGAUCCUGAGCAGUCUGAACUUCAUAUAGUUCCUGCGGUGACAUUUUAUCUACAGUGUUUGUACCUUCAUAACUGUCGGAACUAAGGCACAGCCACGAUUAUCUCAGCAUGUGCAUUAAAAAGGAUGUUUCAUGAAAUCUCUCAUUAAAUAAUGGCUAACCAUAGUGUGUCCCCAGUUAUAAAGCCAAUUCAUGUGCCAUAUUCCACCUGAAAGGCUUUUUUCUUCCUGUGAGCUUUUCGUGGGGCUCUUCUUGCCCAGCAACUGAUUUAUAACUGUCACUUUUAGAACGUGCUCACACCCGUUUUUAGCGUAUGCAGUAUGGAAGCAGAGCUAGGGCCUGAUCGCUGAAGACAGCGCUUGUUUCAGAGUUUCUUGUGAUGAUUGUAAAAUAAAUCAUGCCUACUGAUAUAACCACCUCCA